GGCCGACUGCGCUCCGGCGAUCGACUUUUGGAGGUCAACGGCGUGGAAAUGACGGUCAAGACUCAGAGCGAAGUGGUUAGCCUUUUGCGCAACAUUCCCAGUGGCGGUGUCGCCCGUCUCCUAAUUUCCCGACAGGAAACGGAAGAAGAAAUCCAACAGUCGAACCAACUGCAAAAUCAACAAGUUCAAUCGUCGUCUCAGCUUCAAUCGUCGACUCAAACUCAGAAGACGAGCCCCAAAUUGCCCAGGCAGAUGAAAUCCAUCAGCAGGGCCAGCGAAGAGAGUCUGCUGCUCCUGCCCUGGAAGCAGCGCGAGAUUCUCACGCUCGACAUUCCCGUCCACGACACGGAAAAGGCCGGCCUCGGCAUUUCAGUCAAAGGCAAGACGACUUCGUCAUCGGGAAAUGGCACCAGCGACCUGGGCAUCUUCAUCAAGUCGGUCCUGCACGGAGGAGCCGCUUCCAGGGACGGCCGGCUCUGCACCAACGACCAGCUCCUUCACGUCAACGGCGUCUCUCUGCAGGGGCGAUCCAACACGGCUGGAAGGUCAGUCGCAGGACGACACGGUGAACGGAACGGUUCGACUGGGCGGCAACGGGGGCGACAGCUCCGGCAGUUACGAUCAUUCCGGAGGCAGCAGCGACCAAUCCGGUUCCACCGUCAUUUUUGUCAGCGGAAGCGGAUCAGACAGUCGUGAGAGAAAUCUCAUGAAAGACAAUCGACUCUCCGGAAUCUCUUCUGACCUCCGCAACGAGAGUUACUACCGGGCCACGCACGAAACGUGGAACACGACGCAGUUGCAGGAGACUUUGAUGAGUUCGUCGAAAUUGAACGGUGGGCACCAGACGAGUGUGGUGCAGCAGGGUCCAGGGCGGAAGCAGCAUUCGCAAAACAGCCCAACGGUCCACUUGACGCCGGGCGAGGUGGUUUCGAUUGACGGUGAUUACCUGCCGCAGUCGAGGCCACGCCCACCCUCUAUGAUGUUGAUGUCGACGUCCAACGGUUCCUCGGUGGCCUCUACACCGGAUACGACCAUGAACUUGCCUUGGCAGCAGCAACAACAACAUUCCAAUAAUAACAUUCGUGGUCCCGGUGGUCAACGCUCUGGACCGACGGAUGGACGCGACCGACCGUGGCCCAAUGCCGAGCAGCCGCAGCCGCCCCAGAGUCCCCUGUCGGAAACAUCCAUGCGAUCCGAUGGACGUCCCAGCGAUUCGGAAGCGCCCACCUACACCAGCCAUAAAGCUGAAACUGCUGACGUCUUGUCUUGACCAAUCCGUUUCAUUAGCAUUCUCCAAAUUUCUUUAAAAGGGAAGAGUCGGUGGAUAUUAAAAUAAACGCAUCACGAACUGUUCACCUCAACCGGUUUACGAAAAUAGAUCUACGGACUAUGGCUAUCACGUUGUUGCCCUCGUCCUGUCGGCAAGGUCGUCGCAGCUUGACAGACUGCUUCUCCUGAUCGAUAAUACGGUAUUCUUUAUUGUGAAGAUCAUGGUUUCGGUCAUCAUCCACCCAUCAUACGGCAUUAUAUUUUCCUAGAUUUAGAGCUACAUUUUAAUUUUAACAACGGAGCAGAUGAUUCAUUCGCGGAAAGAAACAUGUCAGAUUGAUUUGGCCGGCCAAGCUCAAUUUACUAUAAAACAUUUUCUUAUUAUUGUUGCUGCUAAAUCGAGUGAACUCAUCUUGAAUGAAGAAUUUUCCCGAUCCAUGACACCGGUUUCAACUUAUUAAAUAAAGAAAUCACCUCCCGUU